AUGCAAAACCCAUCUCCUCUUCCAGUCGACGUGUCGCAAUUAACCACAGCAUGGGAAGAUACCUAUGUGCCACAGCUCGCGACAGUUGGCCGCCCGGACGUGCGCUCCAAGGUGUGCACCAAUUCUCGCGUCACUCUCUCCCUUAUCGCCGAUGAUUGUUUGAGUCCUAGCAAGGCUCUCUGCAAUCCGCCCUGCGUCUACCAUGACAUAAGAGCCGCCUACCUACCCGCCCGUCGUCCAACCGCUGCCGCGUCGAUCAUGAUAGGAGCUACCAGGCGCUGGAUCCGGCGCCAUCGCAAAGGCUUGGCCAUCGGGGCUGGGGUUAUCGGGGUGGGUUAUCUCGCGGGGCAGUAUGUCCUGUCCAAGAUCUCCGAGGCGCGCGAGCGCAUGAGCAGCGAGAGGAUCGCACGGGAAAACCUACGACGACGUUUCGAGCAGAAUCAGGCAGACUGUACCUUCACCGUGCUGGCAUUACUCCCGACCGCGACGGAGAAUAUUCUUGAGUCUCUUCCAGUCGAGGAGCUCACGCAAGAGCUACAGCGAAAGCGUGCGGAGCGGUUAGCCCGGCUGAGCGGCUCGGAUGCGCCAGGCUCAGAGCCCAGUUCGACAGCGCCCAGUGUCACCGAUGAUGACGGACGGAGCUUGUCCAGCUUCCAGACGGAGAGCUACGUCCAUGCUAGUCAACUGGGUGAUUCGACCACUAAUGGAGGCAGUCAGCGGCCGAAACGAAGCAAAGCGCAGCUCUGGAAUGAGGUCAAGAUCUCUUCGAUAACGAGAGCCUUCGUCCUGCUCUACACCCUGUCCCUCUUGACCCUGCUCACCCGGAUCCAGCUCAAUCUUCUUGGCCGCCGUAACUAUGUCUCGAGCGUCAUGUCACUGGCAUCUCCGCCUGCCAAUACAUCCACUAUCAGCUUGGAAGAUCAUGAUGAUGAGAUUGGACAAGCCUUUGGAAACGAUUUUGAGACCAAUCGGCGCUAUCUGACUUUUAGUUGGUGGCUCUUACACCGAGGUUGGAAGGACUUGAGGGAAAAGGUCCAGGCUGCUGUGGAAGAGGUGUUUGGACCGCUGAACCCAAGAGAGGAUAUCACGCUCGAGCGGUUGUCUCAGCUGACGCUGGAAGUCCGCAAAAAGGUGGAGGGUGCUACGGAGGAGGAAAGAAGGGCCAUGAAAUGGCUCCCUUAUUUGCUCCCUCCCAGGGAAGAGGAGGAUAUGGUUCUGCAGGAGUCCGGCGUCUUAAGCGCGUCAACGCCUUCCUCACCCCACACAGAAGCGACUUUGCGACGUCUUCUGGAUGAGACUUCCGACCUGAUCGAAUCACCGUCUUUCACUCGCAUUUUAACCUUGCUGAACAAUGAAGGCUUCUCGACUCUCGUGGACCAGAAAUGUACCACACAGGCUUUCAAGUCAUCCCCGACUUCCGAGCCGACAAAAGCGGCCGCUCAGCAGUCCUCAUCUAGCGCGACCAUUGUUCCCACCUCGGGGUCAUCCGGUCCCAAGGCCAAGCUGGCCACUGUGCUGGCCGUGAUGACUCGCGAGGCACAUAACAUCGGAAAUGGCAGCAACCCACCCAACGAGUACCUUGUCGCCAUGGAACAAGGUGUGCGUGAGCUGGAAGCGUUCGCUGCCGUGGUGUACAGCUCCAACUUCGACCUGGGGGUGCCUCCCUCCGGGCCGGAUUCGACCAAGCCGUCUACAACUGCAGCUACCUCCUCAUCCUCAUCCUCCUCCCCGCCUGCAAAUGUGGACCAAAGAACCGGCGCCAAGGAAAACGAAGGCAACUCUGCCAGUUUAGUCGAUCAUGGCCAGUCGACUGCGCCACCUGCCGGGUCGAAAGACGACUCUGGUGCUGCUCCCUCUGCGGCUGCGGUGGAUGCGGAAUUCGAGAAGGCCUGGGGGAAAGCAGUGGAGAAUUCCAGCCAGAGCGGUGGUACAUGA